UUCAUCUUUUAAAUUUAUUAUUCGCCGGCUGUUUUCCUCUCUUUCUUCAGCAUUUAUUUAACUUCAGUCUCCACAGCAAACCAAAAAAAUACAAAAAAAGAAAAAGAAAAACAGUGCUGAAGAUUCUCUUCCGAGGAUUCCUGUUCGAUCUUCAAUGUAAUGGAAACUUGCUAAGGCUUUCAAGUUUGCGGCAUUUCAGAUUUCCAGAUUUUAAAACUUGGGAUUUUAAUUAUUUUUGGUUUUAACGGAGAUGGGAAAAUCCCCGGCAAAAUGGAUCAAGACCUUGCUUCUUGGGAAGAAAUCUUCAAAAUCCAAUUUGUCAAAAGGAAGAGAGAAGCUGAAUUCUGCAAAUAAAGGAGAGGUAUUGGUUUCUUCCAAGGUAACUGUGUCUGACCUAGCAGUGGAUCCUCCAUCAAUUUCGGCACCUAUUUUGGUGACAAGUGCUAGGAAUGUAGUGGGGUCCGAGACAGAUAUACCUACCAAAUUGCCAAAUGAUGGGGGAAAUAUUCCAUCUGUAAAAGAGGAUGGAAGUGAUAACGCAAUCAGUAAUUUGAGUAACCUGGAAGAUCCUGAGAGGAUUAGGCUUGACCAAGCUGCUGCAAAGGCACAGGCUGCUUUCAGAGGUUAUCUGGCUCGCCGGGCAUUUCGAACCCUCAAGGGCAUUAUAAGGCUGCAAGCAUUUAUUCGUGGUCACUUGGUUAGAAGACAAGCUGUUGCUACUUUGUGCUGUACCUGGGGAAUUGUUAAGUUCCAGGCAGUAGCUCGUGGUCAAAAGGUCAGAUGUUCAGAUAUUGGGGUUGAAGUGCAGAAAAAACAUCUGCUUCUGGGUUCUAAAAGCUCUGAUUCUUUCAGAGUAAGCACAUCUGCUCUGGUGAAGAAUUUAUCAAAUAAUGCUUUUGUUCAAAAGCUUCUGGCUUCAUCACCUGCUGCAUUACCUCUACGACUUCAGUAUGGCCCAGAGGAACCUAACUCAUCCUGGCAGUGGCUUCAACUCUGGACAAGGUCACGCUUUUGGGAAGCCCCUUCACAACCAAUUAAGAGUCUGGCCUCAAAGUCUCAGACAAAGGGUGAUGCAAAUGGGCAAGGAAAGACAAAGAGAAGUGUUCGGAAACUGUCCAAUGCAAAAGUUGAAAAUGGAUCUAGUCGUUCUAAUUUGGAGUAUGAAAAACCCAAACGUGGUCUGAGGAGAGUUUUCGGAAACACAGCAGAUUCAGCUCGGGAACAUUCUCAAAAUGAGCUUGAGAAGGUUAAGCGCAAUUUAAGAAAACUUUCUGACUCUGCAAAGGAGGUUUUUGAUAAGUCUGAGGUAGUUAAUGACAAAACAAAGCAGACUCUGAAGAAAACUUCUAGUUCUGAUGCUCCUGAUGUGUCAGAGCAGGAAUCUACUGAGAAGAUGAUAGAUGUGACUGCAACACUCUCAGAAACAUUAAAUCUUGAGGCAGAUCUGAAAUUGCCCACAUUAGAUGCUUCUCCUGAUGAGUCUAAUAUCUGUCCUGCAGUUGACUUGCAACCUGCAGAAAAUAAUGGUGUAAUUGAGAACAUGCAGGUAACAGAGGAGUUAAGCCCUAAGGAUGAGCAGGUCAGCGAUGAGAGCUCAAAAGCAAACCAAAGAAGAGCUUCUUUCCCUGCAAAAAUUGAUAAUCAAGAAAAUGGGUUAAAUAGCAUGCCAAAAGUGCCCAGUUAUAUGGCACCAACUGAAUCUGCAAAAGCUAGACUCAGGGGUCAAGGCUCCCCACGGUUUACCCGUGAUGUGGUGGAGAAAAAUGGGUUAAACAGGCGAUAUUCUUUGCCAUCUUCAACUGCUAACAAUCUAAGUUCAUUGUCACCACGUGCUCAAAGACUGGUUCAAGUAGCUGGCAAAGGAGCUAUCCGCAAUGAGAAAUCUCUAUCAUCCUCUAGAGACGCUAAUGAUAAGGUUGUCAGAGCUGAGUGGAGGAGGUAACUUUGCACAAGGAAGCAUUUUCAUUGAAAUUCUCAUGGAGUUCAAGCAAAGAUGCAACCUAAUACAAGGUUCUCUGUAUGGUGCCAAUUCUGAUGUGUGUUUGUAGAACCAGGAGAAUUAAUCAUCUAAUCUUUCGUUUGCUUGGUUGUAUUUUUAAUUUUCUUUAGCACUUUCAGGAGU